AUAAUUCGCAGUUCCAACCUAGACGAUCCACGAAGAUGAUCGCUCCAUCGCUUCUCCUAUCAUUUUGCUCAAUUUUGUUCUAUAUUACCGAAAUUUUUCCGUAAAAAUAUCAAAGUUUACGAAUGGUGCUUCUCACUUUUAAUACUUUUAACAAAUAUAUUUCAACAUUUUAAAUUCGUAAUAAUGAUGUUUUGCAAGAGCGUUGUAAAUAUUCACGGAGUAGUAAUUGCGCGAAUUUUCGCUCCAAGAAUCAAACGUCCGAUUGCCUAACAAGUGCUAAUAAUAUUAAUUCUAUCAAAAAAUGCAACAAAGGGAUCAUUAAAAUGAUCAAUUGCUCGAACGAAUUCACACGAGUGCAUGGUUUAAUUUUAACUGUUGGAUAUUUUAUUCGAGUAAAAGUUUACAAGUGACGUGCUUUCACCGCUUAUUUCCGUCAACCCACAAGGAAAGUGCACGUCGAAUGCGGCGAAGAGCUGGAGAGUGACUAAUGAGUGUCAUUAACGAUUGCGUGGUUUACCGUCACAAUGGAGAAAAUCAGAAGAUGACAGUUACUAACUGCAAACGCAGAUAGACGCAGAUAAAAAGACUUCAUGCUUUACCGGGAGAGCAAUGUGCGCGUCUAAUAUAAAAGUACACUUCCAUGCAGACCGCGACGUUAUUUCGACUUUAAAAGUUUGAGUUAAAGGUUUAGUUUAACAUUUCGUUAGUACUUUGAUAAAGCAUAUAUUUCGAAAAUCCAAGAUAUUAGUUAAUUCAAAAUAUAACUAACCUGAGAUAUCGCGAAAGAACAAAGAAAUUCUACAUUUCUCCGGAAUAAAUUAGAAAUAAUAGUAGCAAUUUAAGCGAUAAUUAAGAUUUACGAUUAUCUGUUGAAUUGUUAAUUGCAACGUAUAUCAUCAAGAAAAAUGAUAAUUAAUGCGAGAGUAUUUGUGUUAAUCGCACUAGUAACCUACGGUGUAUGCGCUCAUACAGUCGACAUUCGAGAGCCUUACAAAAAAACUAAUGAUAAAAAAUAUACUGGGUCUAUGCUGGCUGAGAUCGCAAAGGAAUUAGUGCAAAGAUCGACGACCAGCAGUCAGGUGCUGACUUUAAAUCUCUCGAAUUUGCUAUUACUUUUGGUGCUUAAAGCAGUUGUGUUCGGCGCUGGCUACAUAGGACAUGGUUAUAAAGGACGUGAAUUAGAAGACGUAGACUACAUUGUAUGCAAUACUAAUAUGUUGCCGCGGCUCUUUGGAAUAAAAGAAAAUAUUGUAUCAGAGGGUGAGCUUGCAUUAGCUCUUGGGUAUCUGAUCGGUGAUACCUGUUUAUAUAGAGCAGCUUGCGAAGAGCCACAUAUUGCGAGAGAAUAUCUCGGCGCAGCAGAAAUGCUCUUGCAAACAAUGAAGUUAAUGCCGCAAAGCUUACCUGUAGAAUCCAAUUAUGAGAAGACAAUUGCAGAAUUCCGGAAGGCGAUUGAAUAUGGCAAUAUCGAGGAAUGUCCACCAGAAUACAGCUGCAAAAAAGAGAACUUAAAUAAUUUCUUACAAAGUGAAAAACGAUAAUGU